AUUGUUUUCUUCCAUAAUCAAGUAGAAAAUGGAGAGCUUUCAUUCUCUUGGCAAGAUAAUAAGCCAUCUCUGUAGCUGUUCAUGUAUCAAAAUAGCUUGCUUUCGCAGAUCAGUUUGGGGUCUGAUGGUCCUUUUGUUUCGUUUCAUUCUCUUUCACAUAAACCCAUUUGUUGUUCUUCUUUGUUAUUUCGUCUCUGUUUCCUUUCUGGGUUUCUUAAUUCUGAAACUUUUGAAUCCAAGAACCGAUUCUUUUAAACCCAAGGACUUGGAUAUAUUCUUCACUUCAGUGUCUGCGACGACUGUUUCCAGCAUGUCUACCGUCGAAAUGGAGGUCUUUUCCAACACCCAACUUGUGUUUAUAACCAUUUUAAUGUUUGUAGGAGGGGAGGUUUUUGUUUCAAUGUUUGGGCUUCUUUUUACCAAGUACAAGUUAAGGAAUCGAGCCAGGAUCCAUGGCAGUAGAGUCGGUUCUGUAAGUAGUGAGUCUAUGAGUCCCACGAAUCCCGUGGAUCAGCUAGAGAUAGAGUUGGGGAUGGUAACUUUGUCUGAAACUGAAUCCAGGAAACCCAGUAGUGUCGACCUUGUGUCUACAGUCGAAUCAAUCAUGAGUACUAAUGAAGAAGAGUUGAGAUAUAAUUCCAUAAGAUAUCUGGUUUUUGUAAUUAUGGGUUAUCUUCUAGUGGUUCAUAUAGGGGGAUCUGCAUUGGUUGCACUGUAUGUGAGCCUUGUUACAAGUGCAAGAGAUGUACUCAGGAACAAGGGCCUUCAGAUCCCCACAUUCUCUAUCUUCAUUACUGUCUCUACGUUUGCAAGUUGUGGUUUCGUCCCUACAAAUGAGAACAUGAUUGUCUUCAGCAAGAACUCUGGACUCCUCCUACUUCUUAUCCCUCAGGUUCUUCUUGGGAACACAUUAUAUCCGUCUUGCUUGAGAUUUCUGAUAUGGGUUUUGGGGUGGUUUACUAAGAAGCCCGAGUUCAAUUACAUGCUGACGAAUACAAGAGAGAUGAAAUACUUUCACUUGCUUCCUAGUUUGCAUUCUUCUCUUUUAGUUGUUACUGUUUUCGGGUUCAUUGUGGUUCAGUUUAUACUCUUUUGCUCUCUGGAAUGGAACUCACAAGGCUUGGAUGGGAUGGAUCCUUUUCAGAAACUAGUGGCUGCCCUGUUUCAGACUGUGAACUCGAGGCACACUGGUGAAUCAGUCAUCGAUCUCUCAAUCCUCUCGCCCGCCAUACUGGUGCUAUUCGUCGUUAUGAUGUACCUUCCUCCGUAUACCUCGUUUCUGCCCAUCAAAGAUGUGGACUGGUGUUCAAGAAGAAGCGAAAAGAAGAAUAAAACAGGAGGAAGGCUUGCAGAAAAUCUUAAAUUCUCACAGCUUUCUUAUUUGGUCAUAUUCAUCAUCGCUAUUUGCAUCACAGAGAGGGAAAAGAUGAAAGAAGAUCCUCUGAAUUUCUCAACAGUGAACAUCGUCAUAGAAGUUAUCAGUGCAUAUGGAAAUGUGGGAUUUACAGCCGGCUACAGCUGCAAACGGCAGCUCAAUCCCCAGGAGUUCUGCAAAGAUACGUGGUAUGGAUUUGUUGGAAGAUGGAGCAACAAGGGGAAGGUGAUUCUCAUCCUUGUUAUGUUCUUUGGAAGACUAAAGAAGUUCAACAUGGGUGGAGGUAAAGGAUGGAAGCUUCUGUAACAGCUGCAGAAAUUCAGAUUGAAAAUUUUUUUACAUGUCCUACAACAGGAUGGAAGCUCCUGAGAAUAACAAGAGAAGUGUAUUAUAUAAUGUGUGUUGAGUAAAUAUCCCUUUACACAGUUUUCUACAAAGAUUAUUGUGAAUAUGUAGGAGAAAAGAGAAUAGACAGAGAAAAGAAAGAGAAUAAAUAAAAGAUUGGAAAGAAUAUCUUCCAGACCUUCUCAUCUUUCCAUUUAGACAGAUUGCAAUCUCUGAAAUUCUCACCGAGUUGGUGGGCCCUUGACUGGUUGGGACCAGGCUCAGGAUUUGACCGGGUCAGCUGGACCGCCUGAAUCCCAUAUAGGGUUACUUAGAGUUCAGCAACAAAAAGAAAUGUUUGAUAAUUGAAUUGUAUUCAAAUAAUCAAAUCUGAUCAGGGUAAUCCAUAUUGUUUAUGCUUCCAAGACGAGGACUGGCUGAUGGGAGAUGAUGGAAUGUCUCUGGCACUGGGUGCAUUUCUAUACUAUUUCGGUUGCAUCAUUUUGUACCGUCAAUAAAAAUAUCCUUGCCUUAGUGCUUUUUGGGCCAAUGCUCUGCCUCCGAGGUGGUUGCCGCAAAUGCAUUCAUGGAUCUCUCGGAGCACAUAUUUGCCCUCCUCUCGGUGGAGGCACUGGAGGUAGGGCAAGGUGAAAGACUUUCAAUACAGCUUUCCCUCGAGGAGGGUGUAAUGGACUGCCUGCCGUCGGACUCUCCUAGCUUCAUUUCUGUCUUUGGGCAAUUGCUUGUGUAGCAAA